AUGGCUAAUGAAGACUUAUUUGUUUCAAAUUCAAGUUCAAGUUUAGAUUCAGAUGGGAUAGAAGAUGAAGAAGAGGAAGUUGAUCUAUCUGGUGAAAUGAGUCAAUUAGAUAUUGAUGUUGAUGUUGGUAAUGAAAGUGGUAACAAUAUUGACAAAGUUUCAUUAGAAUUUUUAAAAGCAAAUUCAAUUAAAUUUGAUGAUGAAGUGAGAGUCAGUUCAAGUGAAGACAGAGACAAUAUGGCUGCUUUCAAAUUUCAAUACAAGUUAUAUAAACGUAGCAUUAAGUUUGAUUUUGAUACAUGUGGCAAGAAACUGAGUAAUCAUAAAGAGUUUAAACAAUUAGAUUUUUUUCAGAAUAGAAGAAUCAAAAAAUUCAAGUUUAAAAUUAGGGACAAAUUAGAUUUAUCAAAAUAUGCUAAUUUGAAUUACAAAAAAUAUCGGCAUAAAGAUCCAACCAAAUGGUUUUUCAAAGACCAGUCAACAAAAAUCAAGUAUCCACGCAAUUACAAAUUGGUAAUAGAUAGAGUAUUCAACAACGAUCUGGAUCAUGAAGGUGUUUCUGCUACAGAUACAGAGUUGCUCACGCAACAUAAUGGUUGGAAAAGUAUAGAUCUAAUUGAUUUCGAUAAAGAGAAAAUAGCUUGCUACAACAACAAAUCUAAAUCACUUAUUUAUCAAUUAGCUAGUAGAAUUACAUUUUCCACUGGUUUCAAGCAAAUUAGGAAUUUUGAUGGUUUAGUCUUGGGUGUAGAUCAAAAAGUUUUACAUCAACUAAAAAAUACUUCAAUUAAAAGAUCAAGUUACGGUCCAUUUGUAAAUGCUGUUCCACCAAGAAGUAAAAAUGAAGGUCAUGACAGAAUUAGAUUAAAGCAUUUUAUUGAUCAUGGCUACAAAGGAAAUGGAAAUAGAGAAAUUGUGACAGAAAUUAGAAAUUUGUUAAAGUUGGACUCCCAAUCCAAGUUCAUCAGUUUUUUGGAACUCUUAGGAUUUUUCCUAGGAGAUGGGAGUCUCAAAUUUGAUCGAAAUGGUGAUUUGGUAUAUAUUAUUUUUGCACAAAUUAAAUUGGCUGAUUGUGUUUACCUCGAGAAGUUACUUCUUAAUUUGAAUUUAAAAGUGGGAAAAGAUUGGAGAGUGCUUAAAAAAGUCGUUCAACAUCCAGGAUUGGAGUCAAAAGUUCUUGAAAGAUUCAGAAAGCUUAAAGAAAAUGACUUUGAAUAUGACAGUAGUGAAAAUGAUAAUGCUUCAGAUGAUGAUGAUGAAAUUAAUACCAGUGGAAACGAUAAUGCUUCAGAUGAUGAUGAUGAAAUUAAUACCAGUGGAAAUGAUUAUGCUUCAGAUGAUGAUGAUGAAAUUAAUAGCAGUGGAAAUGAUUAUGCUUCAGAUGAUGAUGAUGGUGAAAUUAAUGCAUCAAUUAAUACCAGUGGAAAUGAUUAUGCUUCAGAUGAUGAUGAUGAUGAAAUUAAUACCAGUGGAAAUGAUUAUGCUUCAGAUGAUGAUGAUGAAAUUAAUAGCAGUGGAAAUGAUAAUGCUUCAGAUGAUGAUGAUGACAUUAAUAGCAGUGGAAAUGAUAAUGCUUCAGAUGAUGAUGAUGAAAUUAAUAGCAGUGGAAAUGAUAAUGCUUCAGAUGAUGAUGAUGAAAUUAAUAGCAGUGGAAAUGAUAAUGCUUCAGAUGAUGAUGUUGAAAUUAAUACCAGUGGAAAUGAUAAUGCUUCAGAUGAUGAUGUUGAAAUUAAUAGCAGUGGAAAUGAUUAUGCUUCAGAUGAUGAUGAUGAAAUUAAUAGCAGUGGAAAUGAUUAUGCUUCAGAUGAUGAUGUUGAAAUUAAUAGCAGUGGAAAUGAUUAUGCUUCAGAUGAUGAUGAUGAAAUUAAUACCAGUGGAAAUGAUUAUGCUUCAGAUGAUGAUGAUGAAAUUAAUACCAGUGGAAAUGAUUAUGCUUCAGAUGAUGAUAUUAUUCAAAAAGAAAAAGAUACUGAAUCUCAAUCUGAAGAUAUAGCAGAGAAGGUCGACGAAAUUGAUGUAAACCAAGUAUUAGAUGAAGCAGGUAUUACACACUGUAAUGUAUUCAGUUUCACAAUUAUAUCAAAAGUCUGGAAAUUGUUGUUCACCAAAUUCUUUGCUGAAAAAUACACAACUUCAAGAUUUUAUAUCAAAAAGAAUUAUAAGACUUCUGUUAAACCAACAAGUCAUUUAAGUUGGUUUCAUCAAUUGAACCAAAUGGAAACUUCUGCCAUCCUCGAGGGCUUAAAUCGAGCUGAUGGCAGAAGUGAAAGGAGAAAUCUGAUAGGAACUGGAAGUUUUGAUUUCAUGAACUUCAUAUCACAAUUGAGUACUCAUGCCGGUAAUGGCUCUAAAGUUUAUGUCAACAAACAGCCAAUUAGAUAUUGUUUAUUCAAAGUUCGUGAACAACAGGUAAGAAGGGGUAAUAGGACCAUAAUUAGUCAACGUGAUUAUCAAAAAUUGCGAAAAUGUGACCAAAAGUUAUUUCAUCGCUAUAUGGAAAAUGCGGAAUCUGUUUAUGAUAUUGCUUUCAGGGAUUGCAAAAGAAAGCUUACUUUGGAUGGUAUUAGAACUCACAAAAUUGAAGAUAUACCAAUUAAGAUAAAGAAAUGUAAAUUAAUGAAAUUGAAGACUAAAUCUGGUUUUGUAAUAGUCAGACCAAAGUUGGCAUCUGCUGGGUCACUAAUAAGAGGUAAUCCUACCGUUAUCGCUAGUCACGAAUUUAAUUAA